GGGCUGUGAGCUGGGCGAUGCCGCGGGCGGCGCGGCUCGGCUGUGCGGCGGCGCUGGGGCCGCUGCUGGUGGCCCACGUGGUGGCGGCGAUCGAUCCCAUCAGCGUGGGCAUCGCCAUCGGGGCCGCGUCCGCCAUCACCGGCUACCUGUCCUACACGGACCUGUACUGCCGCUUCGCCGAGUGCUGCCGCAAGGAGCAGCCGCUCAACGCGUCGGCCCUCAAGCUGGACUUAGACGAGAAGCUGUUUGGGCAGCAUCUGGCCACAGAGGUGAUUGUCAAGGCGCUGACUGGCUUCAAGAACAAUAAAAACCCCAAGAAACCGCUGACUCUUUCCUUACACGGCUGGGCCGGCACGGGCAAGAAUUUUGUCAGCCAAAUUGUGGCUGAAAAUCUUCACCCCAAAGGCCUGAAGAGUAACUUUGUGCACCUGUUUGUCUCGACUCUGCACUUCCCUCAUGAGCAGCACAUAAAACUGUACCAGGACCAGUUACAGGGAUGGAUCCGGGGUAACGUGAGCGCGUGCCCCAGCUCCGUGUUCAUCUUUGACGAGAUGGACAAGCUGCACCCCGGGGUCAUCGACGCCAUCAAGCCGUUUCUGGACUACUACGAGCAGGUGGACGGCGUGUCCUACCGGAAGGCCAUGUUCCUCUUUCUCAGCAACGCCGGCGGGGACCUCAUAACGAAGACGGCCCUUGACUUCUGGCGGGCGGGAAGGAAGAGAGAAGACAUCCAGCUCAAGGACCUGGAGCCCAUGCUGUCCGUGGGAGUCUUCAACAACAAACACAGUGGCCUGUGGCGCAGCGGACUGAUAGACAGGAACCUCAUCGACUACUUCAUCCCCUUCCUCCCCCUGGAGUACCGCCACGUGAAGAUGUGCGUCCGCGCAGAGAUGAGGGCCCGGGGGGCCGCCGUCGACGAGGACGUGGUCACCAGGGUGGCAGACGAGAUGACGUUCUUCCCCAAAGACGAGAAAAUCUACUCGGACAAGGGCUGCAAGACCGUGCAGUCGCGGCUGGAUUUUCACUGACGCCUCGUCCAGGCGGGGUAAGAGCCCCCGGGGAGCUCACGCGUGAGGGCCAUGCCCUUCCAGAAGUACUUCGGAGACCCCCUCGGGGUUUGUACAUUUGCACCGGUGGCCUUUGGGGAUCUAGAAGCUUCUCAGAGGCGAGCUGUGAAAAGACGCUGCUCUGGUGGGUGCACAUGUCAUUUUGGACCUGACAGCCGUCCAUCCAUCAGCUGUGGCCGAAGGCGAACCUUUAAAAUCCCUCCCCCCACAUACCGACCCUGACGGAAGUGCCUUGCACACUGCGGUGAGCGUGAGUCCCCCCCCCCUGCCGCACCCACAACUCCGAAGCUGCUGCUCUUAACUCAGGGAGUUCCAGGGCCCCCUCUGCAAUCGGGGGAGCAUUCGGUUUGCACCUGCUCAGAACCUUCUGCUCGGUUCCUUUUGCACAGAGAGCUUCACUUCAAGCUUCACGGACUUGAAGUAUUUUCAGUUAAAAUCGGUGGUACCUGCAGGCACCGUGUCCGGCGGCGACAUGGCCCGUACGCUGAGCCUGCUCGGCCAGGUGGCCUGUCUGCCUCUGGCGCGGGGUCUCCGUCCCAGGCCCCUGCGGCCGAUGGCGACAGUGGCCUCCCCAUGUGUCCCUUGCUCUGGCCGCUCCUGGAAUUGCUCUGCCAUCAUUGGAUAUCGACCCCAGCCUUCCUGGCACCCACUUUGGCUCCUGGACUAGACGUGGCCCCAACCCCAUGCCAUCGCUAGAGUGAGGUCGGAGCGAGACCGCGGGGUGGGGAAUCGAGCCCUUGGCGCCCGCAGUGCGAUGUUCGUCUGGCACAGUGCGCUCGCGGGCCCGGGGCUCCCUGGACGCCGGGGCCAUGUGGGACCCAGCGGACAGGCUCGGGCUCCAUGGAUGACGCGGGCCACAGAGCAGUCAGCUCGCGGAUUCUGCCAAAGAAACAUUAAGUACCGUGCUGCGGGGAUGUUAGAGUUUUCAGAGAGAUGCGUCUUUUUUAUAAUGUUUUUACUGGCAAAUCUCAGAUAACAGACACGUGGACUUGGGACGGAGCUCAUUUUAAAACGUGGGAAGUUCCACACGUGGAAUAAUUGUCUAUUCCUUUACCAGAAACUCUUAACGGAAACACUAUGCGUUUUUGUUGUUAGGGGCGCGGCCACACGCGGGCACAGCUGCAGAUCCAGCAGUCACGUGCAGCGGCUGGUCCUGGGUGUCACGUGACACCGGGUGUGGCGGGUUCUGGCCGCGGUGAAUCGGGGUGCAGGUCGGAACUGCGGUGCGGCGCAGACGGGUGAGAACCACGGGCAGCGUGUUCAUAUGUACAGGGUAGGACUCGGGAGGGCCUUCCAGAAGGUCGCAUCUAGCCUUUGAAAAAUGCCAAGUUAAGGCUUAACGUUUUUAGUACGCGUUCUCGAGUUGGAGCGGGGCGACCUCUUUCGUAGCCCGGCGAGCGUCCGGGCAGCGGAGAGGGGGGGUCCCCGUCGACGGUGACGCGGCCCCCCGCAUGCGCGGGCCGCCUCGGACUGUUACCGCCUCGUCCCCUGCAGAGGGGGGCCACGCUUGCCCCCAGCCCGGCCUCCCUCACCCCGUGUGAGGUGCAGACAAGAACUUGCCAUGACGAACUUAACAGAAAAUAAAGACUAAAUUUGAUCAUGUGACAAGUCACAUGCAGACAUC